AUGUCGUCCAACGACAAUCCUUCCUUCUAUCCCUAUAUCCGCAACAUAGCUGCACCAGGUACUGACAAUCUACAGUACACUCUCCCAACCGAGUUCACCAAGCGUCCCGGAUUCAACACCACAGGAAAGGCGGUCCAAGUCAAUGUCAACGCAUACAAGGUCAACAGCUUUCCUUCCGUCAAGAUCUAUCAGUAUGAUGUGGUCAUUGGAUCCGGUGCCGAAAAGCGAAUGGUCCAACGCAAGGUCUGGAAUUCCAGUGCCCGCAAGGACAAGACUGGAGCUGCAAUGAUCUAUGAUGGCAAUCGUCUUGCCUGGUCCUCAAAGGAUCAUGGUGAGCUUCGUCUCAUGAUCGAUCUUGACCAAGAGGAGGGUCGUCCCAGUCGCGGCGACAACAACAGCUUCCGCCUUCACAUCAAGAAGACUAGAGAAGUAGACAUCAGCAUCAUUCAACAGUUCCUUGAUGGUCGAAUUCAGAUGAGCAUCUCCGUUGCUGAAGCCAUUAAUUUCAUGGAUCAUCUCCUGCGUGAGGGCCCUUCUCAGUCUCCAGAAUUUCUCUCAGUGAAACGUUCUCUUUUCAAACGCAAUGGGGAGCGUGCCGAUCUCGGUGGCGGCAUCGAAGUUUGGCGUGGUAUUUACCAAUCAAUGCGUCUUGCUGAAGGAAAGAAGAUGGUUGUCAACCUCGAUGUUGCCAACUCGUGCUUUUGGAAGCCCUCUGCGCUCAUUGCUGCAGUUAUUACCAACAGUGGCUGGCGUGAUCCCGCUGACAUUGCGGCUCGACUUACACCCACUCAGACCAAUGGUAGUAUGGUCGCCAAUACUACUCACAGAGCACUCCAGUCUAAGUUCAAAGGUGUGAUUGUUAAAGCAAGUUACCAAGGUAACCCACUACCCAAGAAAGAAUGGAAGAUCCACAAAUUCUCUACCAACAACUCCCAUCAGGAAAAGCUUGAAUGGAAGGAUCCCAAUACAAAACAGCCUACUGGAGAAAUGCUCUCUGUCGCUCAGUACUUUAAGCGCAAAUACAACACUGCUCUACAAUUUCCUAAUCUUCCAUUGGUUGAAAUGACGAAGAGAAAUGUUAAGUAUCCUAUGGAGUUCCUUUAUAUUCAGAACGGCCAGCGCUACAACACCAAGUUGAAUGAGAUCCAGACUGCUAACAUGAUUAAGUUUGCUGUUUCUCCUCCUGCUACUCGACUUAAGGCUAUCAACGAGGGUAAAUCUUGGCUCAACUGGGAGAAUGACCAAUACCUCAAGAACUAUGGUCUCAAGAUUAGUUCUCAGCAUAUUCAAACUAAUGCUCGCAUUCUUCCUCCACCAGGCAUCAAAUUCGGUAAUAGGGUCGAGCAACCCGGGACUAAAGGCCGUUGGGAUCUCAAGGGCAAAACUUUUCUCGCUGGUAAUCCCACUGAACUUGUGGCAUGGGGCAUCGGAGUUUUUCCUGGUCGAACUAAGCCUGAUAAGGCACAAAUCGAUAAGUUUGCCUUGGACUUUACACGAGCUUAUCGUAAUCAUUCUGGUAGAGUGGCUAACUCACCUCCCCAUAUCCGCAUGUUACCAGCCGAUGCUGGUCAGGGCGUUGAGAUCCUUCAUCAGGAGACAGGCAACAAGUUCCAACGUCGUCCUCAAUUGCUCAUCUUCCUGGUUCAGGAUAAGCAGUCCUUUCACUAUCUUCGAAUCAAAAAAUCUUGUGAUUGUCGAUUUGGUGUCGUUUCACAAGUCAUGCAGAUUCAACAAGUAUUGAAAGGUAAUCCUCAAUACUACUCGAAUGUACUUAUGAAGGUCAAUGCUAAACUCGGCGGUACUACUUCUCAAGUUCUACCUCACAAUACGAGUGGCUUCAAGGCCUUUAGUGUUCCAACAAUGUUGAUUGGUGCCGAUGUCUCUCACGCAUCGCCUGGUAGUCAACAAGCGUCUAUGGCUGCGCUCACUAUAUCUUUUGAUCGCUUUGGUGGUCGUUAUGCUGCAGCAUGUCAAACUAAUGGUCAUCGAGUCGAGAUGAUUUCUUUAGCUAACUGGCACAAUAUGCUUAAACCACUUGCAACUCAAUGGAUGAGUCAGGUUGGCGGUGGAAAGCUUCCUCAGCAGGUCUACUAUCUCCGUGAUGGUGUUUCUGAGGGCCAGUUUGCUCACGUUCUCCAUCAAGAGGUUCCUGAGAUCAAGGCGGUCCUAAGUGGGAUUACUAAAGAUAAGUGGAAUGGCAAGAUUACAGUCAUUAUCGCAUCAAAGCGCCAUCAUAUUCGAGCUUUCCCUAUUGGCAAGGAUGCCUCUGAUCAGAAAGGCAACCCUCUCCCUGGCUGUCUUAUUGAGCGAGAUAUUACGAUGCCCAAUGAGUUCGACUUUUAUCUCUAUUCGCAUAUUGCUCUUCAGGGCACUUCUCGACCUGUCCAUUACACCAUUCUUUACGAUGAUACUAAUCAUCGUCCUGAAACAAUUCAGAACAUGAUCUAUGAGCACUGUUAUCAGUACAUGCGGUCUACUACUUCCGUUUCUCUUCAUCCUGCUGUGUACUAUGCACACAUUGCCUCCAACCGUGCCAAAGCACAUGAAGAUAUUGCAUCAUCUCAAGGCCCUCAAACAGGUCCCGGUUUCAAGCAGGGUCAGGCUGGAGGUCGAUCUUCGGAGCCCAGCGACUCGGAAGUGAAGCCAUUGAUGCCUCUCUUCAAUGCCAACGGAAUUGUCUUUGCCAUGUGGUACAUUUAA